UGGAUGGGACAUGGAAAGGAAUCUCGGCGCCCACGUUCUCGAUUACGCUCUGUUUCGGAUAAUGAAUUUGCCGAUGCGUUCCCGGUGUGGUAUUUGAUUCUAAAUCCGUGAUCGGGUGGGAUUGGUAGUGUUUUUGGGGAAAAUACUUAUUGGGUUUUUGUGGGUUUUUAGUUCUGGAAGAUGGGUUUGGAUUUUGUUGGUGGGGGCGACGGAGGUUUGGUUUUAAGGGAUGCGAGGAAGGAAAUAGGGCUAGGCGGUGCCAGGAGAGAGAUGGAAGAUACUGAGCUUGAAGAAGGAGAAGCUUGCUCCUACCAGAACAAUGAAGAUUUUGAUUCAAAUAUUGACCCUGAUGUUGCUCUCUCCUACAUCGACGUGAAACUUCAACAUGUUCUGGGACACUUCCAGAAAGAUUUUGAAGGUGGAGUCUCUGCAGAAAAUUUAGGGGCAAAAUUUGGUGGAUAUGGUUCAUUUUUGCCUUCCUAUCAACGGUCUCCAGUUUGGUCUCAUACAAGGACUCCACCAAAAGGUCAUAAUUGCAGCACGUCCAGAUCUCCCAAUAAUUUUCAACAGGAGGCUGGCCAUAAUAACUCUGUUGUUUCUUCGACUACACCUCAGUCAGUAAGACCUGGACCCCCUUCUACUAGUUCUACAUCACUGCCCAUAAUCAAAGGUCCGAAUCUGAAUGAAUCGUCCAAGCAAGAAGUAUGCAUGCCUUUCCAGCAUGUUGAAGAGCUUGCUUCUGCUUAUGGAUGUGUGAAGAAUAAAUCUACUACUUCUUCGGACCAAAAAUCGCUGAAGGUGCGAAUUAAAGUGGGUUCUGAUAGCCUGUCGACAAGAAAAAAUGAUGCAAUCUAUAGUGGUCUUGGCCUAGAUGUUUCUCCAUCUUCAUCAUUAGAUGACAGCCCCUCAGAAAGUGAAGGGAUCUCUCGUGAGCUUCAGGAUGGCCCGUUUGAAUCUCCAACUAGCAUUCUUCAGAUGAUGACAUCAUUUCCAGUUCAUGGAGGUCUCUUGCUGUCACCUCUACCUGAUGAUCUUAUUCAUCUAACUCAGAUGGGGAAGCCUGCAAGAGAUAACAAAUCUAUUCGUGUCCAACAGUACAAUCAGGAUCGCCAGUUGGCAGGGGGGUCUUCUUUGAAAGGUUCUCAAAUGUCAGUUGAGAAGAAAAUGUCAAAAGAUGUAAAUGGCUUCUUGUCCGAAUCAAAGAACACGAAUAGAAAGGAUUUUAUGAAUGGCCCAAAUACAUCAAAAAAGAAUUCAGAAGUUGAUACAGUAGCUUGUGAGGAGCUUGUUUCUAAUGCGUUGAAGCUUCCAAUUCUAGGAAAUUCAUAUACCAUUGCAGGUGAGACUACAAAGAGUAUGAAUAGGCCAUCUGAAACAUUUAUGGAGGCAGAUAAAGUUGUGGCGAGGGGCAGGCAUUCUUUUGAUCAACUGGAAGAGGGCCUAGUAGAGCCUCCAUUUACUAUAGAGGAUGAGAAGCAAACUAAUGGUUCAUCUGGAAAGGUUAGGGAGCUAAAGAAAGCCAAUAUUUUUGACGAUAUUUCAGCUUCUGCAAAAAAAUCUGGGGAAAGCAAGAGGGAGAAAACUAUUGACUUGGUUGAAGCCUGCUCAAAGGGGAAGAAUACUUCAAAUGGUGAUCAAAUAGAUCCUCUCAAGCGUAAUGCCAGUCAUAAAAACGCUCUACACGUCCAUAAUAACAUGAAAUAUACUUCAGGAAAGGAUCCUUCAAUUGAGGGAAAAAAGAAGUCGAAGUUUGGUCCAGCUGACUGUAUGCCCAAUGGAGAAGUAUCAAAACGUAGUAUGAAGUCUGGCUCCUCAGGUUCCAAAACUAAGAGUAUUAAUAAAGCAGACAAUAUUUCAACCAGACCUGAAAUUGAAGACCACAAGCCACCGAAGGACUUCAGAAAAUCUAAGGAUAGGUACCUAGAGUUCUUUGGAGAAUUGGAAGACGACGAUAAUCUAUUAGAUACAUCAGAGGUUCCUUUUGAGGGCCAACUAAAUCACUCUGAUGUAUUUGAAAAACCAACACCUGCUGUUCCUUCAUCAAAGGAGAGAUUAGCUGUUGAGAAAACUAGCAAGUCAUUGGCACCAAAAGCAUUUCCAGUAGUCAUGAACCUUGCAAGUGGGACAGUAUCUGCUGCUCCUGCUGCAGGGGAUAAUGUAUCUGCACAAGAGGACUGGGUUUGUUGUGACAGGUGUCAAACAUGGCGGCUUCUUCCAUUGGGCACAAAUCCUGCUGACCUACCUGAGAAGUGGCUUUGCAGCAUGCUUGACUGGCUGCCUGGAAUGAACCAAUGUGGUUUUAGUGAGGAGGAGACAACAAAUGCUUUAAGGGCAAGGUACCUAGUGCCUGCUGUUCCUGAGGGUAAUAUUUGCAGUAACCUGAGUGGAGUUGUGCCAGGAGUGGCUAAUGCUCGGCAAUCUGAGCAAAAUUAUCGUCAUUAUGAUUUUCAUGCUGUGCCUGGUGGUGGAAAGAAGAAGCAUGGAGGAAAAGAGAGACCGAUUACAACACUUAAAGGGGAUGCCCCUCAGCUAUCAAACUCAAAGAAGAAUGAAGGAACCAUGAAAAGCAGGAGUUUAGAUGACGUGAACCAGUUGCCUAUUGGAGAUGAAGCUAAUUUUCGGCAUUUAAAUAAGGCCGGUGAUAUGCCUGUGGAGAAGCACAGGCAUAAGCACAAAGAGAAGCAGGAAUCUGUUGAUAUCUUAUCUGAUGGGGGUGCUACCAAGAUUUUAAAGACUAAACACAGAAAAGAUAAAGAACAAGAUUACCCUAGACCUUCUAAGAAAGUCAGAACUGAUGGUCUGGAUUUGAUUGAUGAAGACCAGAUAUCAGUGCACAGUGGGUCUGUUGUGAGGGUUGGCCCAAACUUGAACAUUGGAUUUCCUUCUGCAUCAGGUGGGAAUAAUAAGUAUAAAAAUAUUGACCAUUCUUCUAAGGACUCAAAAUAUAACAUGGAUGUUACCCACCGAGUACCCAAUGAUAAAAAAGAAAACAAACUGCUGGGUGCCUUGGAUGAUGAUUCCCUGGGAGGAGGAAAUGGUAGUACCAAAAGCAAUUCAAAGAAGAAAAAAGUUAAAGCAUCCCCAGAUAUUCAAAUCAAUACUGGGUCCCUCAAUGGUUAUGGCCAUCUCCCGCAAAAGAGAGGUCCUGUUACGGAGUUGAGUGACAAUGACCAUAGGAACGAGAAAAAGGCUAAGCCAUCUAAGCCUCCAGGUAAAGAAUCCAGUGCUAGAAAAGAUAAAAAAGGCUCCCAUUCUAAGAAUUGGCCACUUGGACAAGAUGUUGGCAGCUCUCUUUCUCAUCGUAGUUUGGAUGGUGCCGAUUCUUUGAAAAGGGAUUUAGGAGUGAUACAGCCUUCUCUUGUAGCCACUUCAAGUUCUUCCAAGAUAUCUGGUUCGCAUAAAACUAAAUCCAGCCUCCAGGAGAUGAAAGGAUCACCAGUAGAAUCUGUUUCUUCAUUGCCGAUGAGAAUCCCUAACCGAGAUAAGCAUUUGCGGUCAUCUAGGGAUGGUAAGGAUUUUCUGGAUGCUGGUCGUACGAGAUGCUCAGAUGGAGAAGAUGAUGGUGGUAGCGAUCGCUCUGGGACUGGUAGCAAGAAGAAGUCUGUUCUGGCCCAUCAUAGGCCUUCAAAGUCCCCCUUGAUUGAUACGUUGAACAAAGAGGCUAGUAAUAUGUCAGGAAAAAAGGCUAAAGCAAAGGAGAAGUCUGCUUCUGAUGCCCCAAAUUGCGACCUCCCAAAUGGUAGUCUUGGCAAUUCAGGAACUGAUCAUCAGCAUCCUUGUAAACCAUGGGGUCUAGAACAAGUUCAGAAUGAAGAUAGACCAACUGAAAUGCGAUAUAGGGGUAAUGAGACAUAUCCAGUUAAAUGUGGAAAGGAUUUAUCUUCACAGUUGAAGGACAGGAGUGGGGGCUACUGUCCAGAAAUGGGCAUGGAUAAGGACAAAGUUCCUUAUUCCCAUAAUGAUUUGCGAGGAAGGUCUCCUCCUCAUUCGGAUUUGAAGGUUAAGAAUGGUAAACACAGGGUGCAGGAAAAUCAUAGGAUCAAAUCUGGAGAUGGAAGAAAGGAUGGUUCAGGAAAACUGUCCAUUGAGAGGGGUAAAAGAGAUAGUGAAUCAAAUUUUGUCAGGCAUGAAGGUCCAGAAUCUAUGGUAGAUAGCACUUCCAAAGAGAUUAUGGUUUUGUCUGCGAGGAAGAAUCAGCAGCAGGAUUGCAAUGGUACUGCUUCAAAGAGGUCCCUUUUUCAGAAAAAUGAUCAAUUGGAAAAAGUUUCUGGAAAAAGUACACCGGUACCAUUACCAACUUCAGGAGAAUUUCGAAAUCAAAUGCCGCAUUACCCCCCUUCAGCAGGGGGUGGAAAAGGAAAUGCAACUGAUAUUUUGCAAUUAGAUGCUUCAGAAAGCAAUGACGCUUCAAAGGGGAAAAAGCAUAUUAAGAAUCGUCAAAAGGAAACUCAGACCAAUGGCUCAAGACAUUCCACCCCCAAUGGGCGGGUGCCCAAUGAUGCGCCAAGUCCAGCUAGAAGGGAUUCCUCCAACCAGGCUGCUACCAAAGCUAUGAAAGAAGCUAAAGAUUUAAAACAUCUUGCCGACCGUUUUAAGAAUUCUGGGUCCAAUCUUGAGAGCAUUGGGUUUUAUUUCCAAGCAGCUUUGAAGUUUCUCUAUGGAGCCUCUUUGCUUGAGCCGUCCAACAACGAGGCUGCCAAACAUAGUGAGAUUAUUCAAUCAAUGCAAAUAUAUAGUAGCACUGCAAAACUAUGCGAGUUUUGUGCUCAUGAAUAUGAGAAAAUCAAAGACAUGGCUGCGGCUGCUUUGGCAUACAAAUGCAUGGAAGUAGCAUACAUGAAGGUGAUUUAUUCUUCACAUAACAAUGCAAUCAGAGAUCGGCAUGAGUUGCAGUCAGCUCUGCAAAUGGCUCCUUCUGGGGAAUCUCCAUCAUCUGCCUCUGAUGUUGAUAACUUAAAUAACGCCACCACAGCCGACAAAGUUGCUCCUUCUAAGGGUGUCGGUUCAAGCCAAGCUACUGGGUCCCAUGUCAUUGCUCCUAAACACCGUCCCAAUUUUUCACGGUUGCUUAACUAUGCGCAGGAUGUAAAUUCUGCCAUGGAAGCAUCAAGAAAAUCGCGAAUUGCGUUUGCAGCUGCAAAUGCAAGCUUGGGAGGAACAACCAAUAGGGAGGGUAUCUCUUGCAUAAAAACGGCUCUUGAUUUUAACUUUCAUGAUGUAGAAGGCCUACUGGGUCUAGUACGGAUUGCAAUGGAGGCUAUUAGCCGUUGAAAAAACUGAGCAGACUAUAGAAAUGAAUUUCGACUUGGGACUCAUCUUGUUGGUAUAUUGCUUUGAGAAGCAUUGAUGAGGGAAGGAGAAGUGGCCAGCCUCACUACACGAAAACCCUGUUGAUAGCAUGGUUACAGCCUUUAGUGGAUCUCUCUGUACAUCGUUGUCCUGGUGCUAGGUGAAUAUAACACUGUUGGCAGGGUAAAACUACUUUGCCAUUUAUUUUAAACUUAGGACUCUAAUUGAGGAAAGCAUGAUCCGCUGCAGAGGCUUUUGUAUAUGGAUGUUCUUCCGAGACAUGUACCUGGAAUACUUGUGAUCCAAGGUCAUGAUCCUGUCAAAUGUAUAAAAAGAACUGGAGAUCAUUGUGGGAGAAUUUUGAGUUCUGAUGCUGGAGCCUGUAGGGGCUCCGUUUUCCACAGAAGGAGUUCUUGUUUGUCUGACGUAUUGAUUCGAAGACACCUUAAUGUUCGUUUCUUGAUUUGUGUGUCAUUCUUGAACUCGGGUCAUGCUAAUCUAAAAGGACGAUACAUGCAAGUAUCCGGUGAUCUUUGUAAUCCUUCUGCAAUCAGUUUUUGUGUUUGCAUGCCAGGGAAGGGGGUGAAGAAAGGUUAUGAACUUGGUUUUUUUUUUCCUGUUAUGUUAUGGAGUGGAAUAAAUAAAUAAUAUGAUACAUUGUAAUAAUAGCGUCAAGUACGUGCGUAUUACUCCCAGCACCGAUGUCGUUUGAGUUAAUUUACUCCAGUUUCUGUACAUUUCCAUGCACAAGUUAUUGAACUCGGUAGAAUGCAAAAAGUUCUUUUCUAGAGAAGAAUGGAAAAAAGUGAUGGGGACGAGGGGAGCUUAUGAAGUUAUCAUCCUACACAAUGAGCUGGAACAUGCAGUAAUCAUGGGCUUGCAAAAAUUUGGGGCCGGGGGGUAUCCACCAGGAUAAAAGAACUGCACUCGGAAUCUCUUGGAAAUUCUUUUUUCGCUGAAAGUUCAGUUAGAGGAAAGAGGAAGGAUUGUUUCUUCUAUCUCUAUUCAACUGGUCACAAUUUUACGGAUAGCUGAGUGUCUUCAGAGGCUGUUAAACGGUCUGAGAACCGAUAUGUUUUUUGAAGAAACUAGGUGUGAUGACUCUUAUGGUUAGAGAGAACCAAAAAUAAGGGGGUGGGUGUGUGUGUUGGGGAAAUUGCAAAAUCUGCAAAAUUACAAAUGGGUAAAUGAAACCUCUUUGCGUA